AUGAACGCCGACGACAUUUCUGACCUCUCCUCUCCAUUGAGCUCUCUCCCAAGCUCUCCUCUCAGUUCUCCUCCAAGCUCACCCGUUCUACCGCCUGCCUGGCAAACUCUCACUCCUCCACCGUCACAGCAUGCCGGCGACGAAAUGCCCCCUGCUCGCAAGCGUCGAAAAGUCGAACCCAAGGUUCGCACAAGUCAGCACUUGGACCUAACGUCAGACACGGCGCAGUCCGAAUAUGAUCGAUCGGAAGCUCUAGAUACCCUUCUCAAGGCAUUGCGCAACAGGAGAAAAAUCGUGGUCAUUGCAGGCGCCGGCAUGUCUGUCUCCGCUGGAAUUCCGGAUUUUAGGUCGUCCCAUGGGCUAUUCAGAAGUCUUAGAGACGAGCACAAACUGAAAAGCUCCGGCAAAAUGCUGUUCGAUGCCUCAGUCUACAGAGAUGAUCAUUCAACGUCCAGUUUCCAUGAGAUGGUGCGUAAGCUUUCUAAGAUGGCCGAAAACGCCAAGCCAUCUGCUUUCCACCGCUUCCUAGCAAGACUCUCUGUCGAAGGUCGUUUGUUGCGCCUCUAUACUCAGAAUGUUGAUGGUCUGGAGACCUCUCUACCUCCUCUGGCCACUCAAGUCCCCCUCAGCCACAAAGCGCCAUGGCCGCAGACCAUCCAAUUGCAUGGUGGACUGGAAAAGAUGAUGUGUCAAAAGUGUAGACACGUUUCUGACUUUCAAGCUCAUCUCUUCGACGGGCCAACCCCGCCACUGUGUCCACAAUGUGUUGCGGCAGAUACCUUACGAACGACGCAUGCGGGUAAGCGGAGCCAUGGUGUUGGGAGGUUACGACCCAGAAUCGUUCUAUACAACGAACACAAUCCUGAUGAUGAAGCUAUCGGCGCUGUCACGAGAGCAGAUUUUCGAACAAGGCCCGAUGCAGUGAUUGUAGUCGGGACGAGCAUGAAGAUCCCAGCGGUACGACGAAUUGUCCAUGAAAUGUGCCAAAUUGUCAGAGAUAGACGGGAAGGCACUACGAUAUGGCUCAACAGGGAUCCGGUCCCCCCUGGCAAAGAUCUCGAGAACUGCUGGGAUCUCAUUGUGAAGGGCGACUGCGAUGAUGUUGCUCGGCUCGCAGGCCUGAAAGAAUGGGACGAUCCUAGCCCUGACGUGACGGAGACAUACACCGAGACUGAUCUUCAUAAUGUCAAAUCAAGCCAAGGAGAAAUCGAGGUCGUCAUACCCGCGACAGCAAGGAAGGAAGAGAAAUCUGCUCAGCAGUUGUUGCCUUUCGCUGCUCUACGCACCAUGACUCCGCCCCAUAGUCAAAAUGGAGAAGUCGGCCUGGUGAAUCCAAAGGAAAAUCAACCUGCUUCUUCUUCACCUGUGCGAAUCAAGUUAUUUGUAUCAGACCGGAGCAAGAAAUCCGGACAGGUAAAGAACGCGGCGAGUUCUGGCAGAUCUCUGGCUCAGGUCCUUUGCGGAAAGGAGAACAAAAGUAAAUCUACCAAGUCCAAGAUUUCUCUCAACAGGAGACCGAAGGUCACCAAGAUCAAAGCAGCAGGCAAUCCUCGUUCCCAGGCACUCAUUACAGGAAAAGUUACGAAGCCAACAACUUCAAACAAUGCAGCGUGCAAAAAGCCUCUGCCGGAGCCGUUAUCGCCUCGGCGCGAUUCGAAUGACACUUUCAUUCCGCCUCAGAAAUCGGAAUAUUCCAGUGUGGAAGGAAGCCCUGCACCACAAACACCCCCGUUGAUGAGCGAAGAGUGGCAGAAAUUGGAGACUGUGUCUCCCACAGGAAGGAUACCGUCGGACAUGAUCAGGUUGCUGAACUAA